GGUCACUCAGUCCUAAUCACACCCUUUGAAAAUGGCCAAGACGAAAGCCUCAGACCACCUGGAGCCAUGGCGCGAUCUCAAAGACAAGGUCGUCAUGGUCACCGGCGCCUCCUCCGGCCUCGGCCGUGAGUUCUGUCUCGACUUGGCUCAAGCCGGCUGCCGUGUUGUUGCCGCCGCUCGCCGCGUCGAUCGCCUCCAGUCUAUUUGCGAUGAAAUCAACAAGCUCUCAACCACCGCGCCGCCGCAGACGAGAGCCGUCGCUGUCGAGCUCGACGUCAGCGCCGACGGCUCUGCUAUUCAGAAGUCUGUGCAGAAGGCUUGGGAUGCCUUUGGCCGCAUCGAUGCCCUCAUCAACAACGCCGGUGUUAGAGGUACUGUGGCAUCUGCAAUGGAAUUGUCUGAGGAGGAAUGGAACAGUACUUUGAGGACUAACUUGACAGGCACCUGGUUGGUGUCAAAAUAUGUUUCCCUAUGCAUGCGUAAUGCAGAUCAGGGAGGAUCAAUCAUUAAUAUAUCUUCCAUUGCUGGGAUUAAUCGUGGAUAUUUGCCUGGAGGUCCAGCAUACAAUUGUUCAAAGGGUGCCGUAAACAUCUUGUCUAAGGUCAUGGCUGUGGAGUUGGGAGUACACAAAAUCAGAGUCAAUGCAAUAUCACCUGGGCUGUUCAGAUCUGAAAUUACAGAGGGUCUUAUGCAAAAAGAUUGGCUACACAAUGUGGCUCUUAGGACUGUCCCUUUGAGAACAUUUGGCACUUCAGAUCCAGCAUUGACAUCACUCGUGCGUUAUUUGAUACAUGACUCCUCUGAAUAUGUCUCAGGAAAUAUCUACAUUGUAGAUGCAGGAGCCACCUUGCCAGGUGUCCCUAUUUUUUCUUCCCUUUGAAAUUUAAUGUUGAUUUAUGUUCAUGGAAAAAGGAUCUACAGUAAUAUGACAUAUUUGGUACCACCCUGCGUAUGUAUGGUUUGAAUAAGAAAAUUAAUCUGCGAGAACUUUGAGUCAUGUGAUUGUUACAUGUCUUACGUAAUGAAGCUUUGGCAAUUUGUGAACAA